CCUCCCGCGCCUUGUUUACCGGCCCGCGCGGCCUGCGCUCCUCAUCCCCGGGCUGCCCCGCGCUGCCCAUCCCCGGCCUGCGCUCCCCAUCCCCGGGCUUCGGUCCCCAUCUCCGGGCUGUGCACCCGUCUCCUGGCAGCGCCGAGCUCCCCAUCCCCGGCCUGCGCUUCCCAUCCCGACUGCCCUGAGCUCCCCGAUUCUGGGGCUGCCCCUGGCACCCCUAUCCCAGGCCUGCGCUCCCCUACCCCCAGCGCGCCGCCCCUCACACCCCACCCCACGCCCCGGGGCCCCGGCCAGGCCCGCUCCUCGGCGCUGACCGGUCAUGGGCUCUUCCAGGCCAUCGCGUGCUUGAUGGACAUGAACGCACUGCUGGACCGAUUCCACAACUACAUCCUCCCGCACCUGCGGGGCGAGGACCGCGUCUGCCACUGCAACUGUGGCCGGCACCACAUCCACUACGUGAUCCCUUACGACGGGGACCAGUCGGUGGUGGACGCCUCCGAGAACUACUUCGUGACAGACAACGUCACCAAGCAGGAGAUCGACCUCAUGCUGGGGCUGCUGCUCGGAUUCUGCAUCAGCUGGUUCCUGGUGUGGAUGGACGGCGUCCUGCACUGCGCCGUGCGCGCCUGGAGGGCCGGCCGGCGCUACGACGGCUCGUGGACCUGGCUGCCCAAGCUGUGCAGCCUGCGGGAGCUGGGCCGGCGGCCGCACAGGCCCUUCGAGGAGGCGGCCGGCAACAUGGUGCACGUGAAGCAGAAACUCUACCACAACGGCCACCCGAGCCCGCGGCACCUCUGAGCCGCGCGCAGGACUCGCGGGGCCUUCGGCCAACGCGCCCACGCACACGGGACUGGACGGCCGCCCCGGGCCAGGGCGCCCGCGGCCGCCGGGCGUGUCCGGCGGAAGGUGCUGUCUCCUCUUCUUUUUAUAAAGGG